CUUUACCGUGCAAUACCGUCGCAAACGGGACAGUCAGCUGUUGUGUCAAGCGAACAUUCUUAACCAACAAAUUGCACGGAUAUUCGUCCAGUCCUGCGCGAUCCAGGCAUCCUACGACGUAUCGCGGUGCCGCGUACAUCCCGACUGUCCAGCUAACUAGAUUCGAUAGCGAUUGCGACAAAGGAUGUUUAAAGAAGGCGAUAAUGGGCCGGGAGGUUGUAACGGGGGUCCACCUCGUCCUCGGAGGAUAUUUCCCCGAUUUUCCCUGCGAAGAUUAUUGUAUUCCAGCCCGCUUAUCGGCCGUCGUAUCGCAAGGACGCCUAGCGCAAGCAAUAAGAAUGCAAAAGCUAAAGAUCAAGCAAGUGGCAGAAUGUCGGACGUCGAAAAGGGAGAGGCCAGAGUAAGCAAUGGCUCGAGCCAUUUUCAAUUUCACAACAUUGAUCUACAACGUGCUUCCAGCAAGGGCUCUGUACUUUCCUCUGCAGGAAAGAGUAAUGAAAAUGGGCUAAUGGAAUGCCCGUUAUGCUUGGCUGAACUGCCUAUAGAAUUUUUUCCUAUUAUCCAAUCUUGCCACCAUCGCAGUUGUUACGACUGUUUUCAACAAUAUUUGAAAGUAGAAAUCUCCGAGUCGAGAGUCAAUAUUGCUUGCCCUGAAUGUUCAGAGCCGUUGCAUCCAAAUGAUAUUCGGAUGAUUCUAAAUGAUCAAACACAAUUAGAGAAGUAUGAGGAUUUUAUGGUUCGAAGAGUCCUCGCUGUAGAACCCGACGCAAGAUGGUGUCCUGCUCCAGAUUGCAGUUUUGCUGUAAUCGCCAGCGGUUGCGCCUCGUGCCCAAAAUUACGUUGCGAGCGACCUGGUUGCGAUUCAUACUUUUGCUAUCAUUGCAAAGCGCGCUGGCAUCCUAAUCAAACGUGUGAUGCUGCAAGAGCGCAACGUUCUCAAUAUUACGAGCGUAGCUCUUCUUUAAGUUUCAGUCAAAGUGAUUCACAACAUAGAGAUGACAUAAAACCGUGUCCUAGAUGUCAGGUUCUGAUUGUCAAAAUGGACGAUGGAAGCUGCAAUCAUAUGACGUGCGCAGUUUGUGGCGCAGAAUUUUGUUGGCUUUGCAUGAAAGAAAUAAGCGAUCUUCAUUAUCUUAGUCCUUCUGGCUGCACUUUUUGGGGUAAAAAGCCGUGGUCUAGAAAGAAGAAGAUUCUUUGGCAACUUGGAACUCUGGUGGGAGCGCCAAUUGGAAUCGGUCUUGUAGCUGGUAUAGCAUUUCCGGCCAUGAUUAUAGGUAUACCAGUGUGGGUGGGACAAAAAUUGUACACAAGAUAUGAGAAGGCUAACAAACACAAGAGAAAUGCUUUUAUUGCCGGAGGAGUUACUGCAUCGGUUUUAGUGUCACCAGUAUUGGCAGGAUUGGCUGUGGGUAUCGGUGUACCCAUUUUAUUGUUCUAUGUCUACGGUGUGGUUCCGGUGUCGCUCUGUCGAAGCGGAGGUUGUGGAGUUUCCACAAGUGGUACCGGAGUACGUUUCGAUUUUGACGACGAAAACGAGCUCAUGGGGGCUUUAGGCGUGCGCAAUGGCGGAGAUGCAGCAUCGAUAGACGUCGCGAGUCACCGCGGUGGUAAUCCUUCGAUAGGGGAGGCUUCGCUUUCGUUGGGUAGUGGUAGUCAAUUGGAGAAAUUGGGUCGGGAAAAUGAUCGUGAAAGUGCCAGCAACGUGGCCCUGGCUGGCACUAGUCUUGCGGGAAGUAUAGCUUCCAGCGUACUUCCUGGAGGUCAAAGGUUGGAAGUCCAGGCUGACGUUACGUCUACGCAACGCUUCAGUUCAUGCAGCGAGACCGCUUCCGCAGCUACUAGUUUAUCAGAAAAAUCCGUAAAUGCUUCCAUCGCUUUAGAUGAUGGCGCAGCUUCCACAAGAGCUUUGGCUGGUUCAGUUCUUAAUUUUAAGAUCGAUGGCAGCUCGAUUAGCGGUGGCAGAAGCACAGAAGGAGAACAGGCGGCUAGCUCUACUAAUGGCGGUCACAUGGACUCUGCUGGACAAGCCACUUCUUUAAGUUCGUUAGAAGAAAUGGCACCUGGCUUAGCAAAACGCACUCGUCGUAAGCUCACAUUUGAUCGUCAAUGCAGUGAUUCGAGUAACUGGACUACGUGCGGGGAGGACGGCGGUUCGGAACGAGUCCGUUUCGAUGAUCACGUCAGUGUGAUCGAAGCGGAUCAAGAGAGGGUGGUAGGUAGCAAAUUGGAAGGCUGCGGAAUAAAUAAUCGCUCAACAGGAGGCCGUAAGCGAAACAAAGAUUCAGAACCAGAAAUGGACUCACAAAAGAUAUCCAAGAAUUUGAACGGUGAAUUGAGCGUCGAGAGUCCUGUAGAAGACAUUUCGCGGGAACGCGUCAACGUGGCCACUUUAAGGAACGUAUUUUUUCACACUUCAGCGGUAUCUACGGAUCGCGAGAAACGAUUGUCUGUUAUAGAGGAGCCAAUACCAACCGUGUCGCAGAUCUCUAGUAAUCGAAUGUUCACGCCUUGUGAUGAAAGACAAAGCCUUACUAGUACAGACGAAAGCUUGCAUUGCUAAAAAAAUUAAGACUGAACUUGUGGGUGUCAAGAUAUACACGUGUUUCGAUAAAACGUCACGACGUAUGUAGAUGCGUAUAUACAUUGUUGAGUGUGUAUAUAUGUAUUAAAUUACAUAAUACUAUAUAAUGCGCUGAUUGUACAUAAAAACAUACGCAAUAUGCAUAUACUUUGAAUAUUACAAGGGAAGAAAUAAAAGUACGGUAAAAUAAUUUUAGUAACUGUGCAUUUGCGCUGUGAUUAUACAUAUACCGGAAACUUAC